CAAGAUGGCGGACUGAGGGGCUGUGGCUUCUUGGGGAAGUCUCAAACUUACCAAAUAUAGCAAUAAAUACCUCGGCUGUCCGACUUUCCAAAGCCCACGAAACGGAAGUUGAGUUUGGAGCGACUGAGUGUUAGCUGAAGUGAAGAUAGAAGACGUGAUAGAAGAUGGACGACUACUGCAAUGCUAAGAUGGCGACGUCCGGUAAAAGAGAACACGAGAGAGAAUCAGCGCCACCAACUUCCAGCAAAUCACCAACGGAGAUAAAGACGAAAGAUGAAGACAUCCAGCAGCUGAUUGGUCAUCCAGAAGAAGUUUCCCCUCACUCGCCUGGCAGGAGCUCCACUUUGAAGCAGGAGACUCCACAGCCACCCUGCAUUAAAAAGGAGGAGGAGGAACUCUGGAUCACUCAGGAGGGAGAGUGUCUUCUAGGACUGCAUGAGGCUGAUCUCACCAAGUUGCCGCUGACUGUUGUCUCUGUGAAGACUGAAGAUGACAAAGGCAAACUCCAACGAGACAACCUCAUAGCUCCACUAUCAGAUAGUGAGAGUGAAGACGGGGUUGAAGUAACUUUGAGCAGCGAUACAGACUGUGAAGGUGAUAUGAGGACUCACGCUGACAAACACUAUGAAUGCUCUAAAAGGAAGAGAGGUAAAAAAAAAUUAAGCUGCUCAGUUUGUGCUAAAAGCUUUACUAAGAAGAGCCUAUUGGCUAAACACAUGAGAACACACACAGGAGAAAAACCAUUCAAAUGUUCAGUUUGUGGUAAAAGCUUUUCUGAAAGUGGCAGUUUGACCAUACACAUGAGAACACACACAGGAGAAAAACCAUUUAACUGUUCAUUUUGUGGUAAAGGCUUUUCUCACAAGAGCAAUUUGAUUGAACACAUGAGAUCGCACACGGGAGAAAAACCGUUCACAUGUUCAGUUUGCGGGAAAAGCUAUUCGCAUAAAUGCAAUUUGACUCAACACAUGAAAAAACACACAGGAGAAAAACCAUUUAAUUGUUCAGUUUGUGACAAAAGCUUUCCUCUCAAAUUCUGUUUAGAUCAACACAUGAGAACGCAUACAGGAGAAAAACCAUUUAAUUGUACAGUUUGCGGUAAAGGCUUUUCUCAAAGGGGCCAAUUGAAUCCACAUAUGAGAACGCACACUGGAGAAAAACCAUUUACGUGUUCAGUUUGCGGUAAACGCUUUUCUCAAAGGGGUCAAUUGAAUCCACACAUGAAAACGCACACCGGGGAAAAGAAACAUUAAAAUGAAUAGUUUGUGCUAAAAGCUUUUUCAAGUCCAUGUGACACAUCCACCAAAACUCUGGACCUUCUCAAAAUAAGUUAACCGUUUCUUCUACAAAUAUCCAAGUUAUUGCUGGGUUGCAUAUGACGUGACAUCUGCUUUGCAUAGCAACGUUAAAGGGAAUAAAGUCAGGGAAAGCGCAUGGAGGGAAAUGGCUCUCAAACAUGUCACAAUCAAUUAUUUUGAGAAUCUUUCUGUGAUGCAAUCAAACAUAUUUUUUAUUAUAAAGAACAGUAAAGUAGAGAAUACACUUAAUAACUAAAAAUUUAAUUAGAUUGUGUUCUGUUUUUAUGGAUGCUACGCAUUGAUUGUGGAAAUAAGCUAACGUCAUGUUAAGUCCUAGUAAUACAUUUCGGAAAUCUUAGUUGAAUGUAUGCAUAUUGCCUGUAAUUUGUUCGCCUAAUUACACAUUUGAUUUCGAUUUUCAUAGCCAUAACGUAAACGCUUAGGCGUUGUUGUGCAGGAAUGCCAGGUGCUUGAUUUGACAUCGAUGACCAGGAUCGAGUUCCUACGCUAAAUUUAGGCCACGACAAAGUCAAACAGAUGUUUGUAGAGGCCAACAUAUGAGAAUAGAGAUUUCAACGAUUGAUGUUUGUUUACCUAACAACAAGUCGUAGUGAAGAUAAAUGUAACAUUUGUAAACGACAAAAACCUAACUUACACGGGCAAAUAUAAUACUUAGAUUAUCCUUUAAAACUCUCAUGCCGAGAUCGUGGACCCAGCCGCUUGUGAAGAAGUUGUAUGCCUCAAUACUUUUUACUGCCAGUAUCUGGACUGAACAUUUGGUUUUAAACUCUUGUAAUAUUUGCCCUUGUUUGGGAGUUACAUUUAAUGUUUGCCCUCCAUCUGAAAACCAGAAGUGGUCGCAUUCUCCAAAACGUCACGUGAUAGCAACCCAGCAAUUCAUGCAAAGGGAGAUUAUCUGUACUUGCCAAGCUCUUACAGAUUUCCCUGGACACAAAAACAGUUCCAUCCUUCUGGAAAUGUGCCCAUAUGAUUGAUAGUGUACCUAAGAAGGAAAAAAACAAGAUUGAUCGAACUAUAAGCCAACAACAUCUCUGCUGCCCGUUAUAUCCAAAGCAUAAUAUGCGACCACAUUCACAAACCCCUCGACAAACAUCAAAUUUAAUGUGAUAACAAGUAAGGAUUCCGUGAGAAUUGAUCUACAAUUGACAUGUUUUCUUAUGUCAACCAGUGGUGAAACAAUGCUCUCAACACUCUGCAAGAAAUGUUUGUUUUUGUCUUAGAUACAAAAGAAACAUUGUAAAAAAAAUUAUAUCAUGUUUUCCCUUUAUGAUGGACUACAGUAGAGACUCUGAAAUAACUUCAGUGAGAACAGCGAAUGUUUGCGUCAUUUUCACUCUGCUUUAUUUUGACUUCUAGGAAUACUCUUGUUUGCCCCCAAUAUGCUUGAGUACUCAAGCCCCUAAUAACAUUUUUAAACCAGGUGCUUUUAAAAAAAAAAGAUGAAUGAAAAGCCACAAUAUAAUUUCCUCAGUAGAAUAAAACGUUAAAUAAGGUUCUUGCUUCCGAAGAGUUAUAUUUUAGUUAUUUGAGUAUUUCAAUAUUUUUAUUUUCUUAAAUUUGUUUUAUUUUUUAUUUUAG